AUGCUGCAAGUCAUCGUAGAGUCGGUCAACAUUGACCCGCCCCAGAGCCCCCCACUGGAUCUGUGUACCCUGGUCUGGCACCUCGGAGCCAAACCCCUGGACAAUGACUCCUUCGUGCAGGUCAUCCUGCGGGAUGUGGGUGCCACAAAGCAAGAAAGGUUCGUUGGCAUGGCCACAGUACUGCUCAGGCCCUUGGUGGACCAGCCAAGUAAGACUCUCUUGGUGAAGGACCUGCCCCUGCUCACCCAUUCCAUGGAGCCUACCACUUGCACUGUCACCCUACAGGCGGUCCUUGUGAGCCCCCGGCAUUUCAAGACAGAGGACGAGGACCCCUUGGGCACAGCAGCGCAGGAAGUGGAAAUGCAGAAGCUGAUGAUUCCUGGCUACACCGUGCCCAGGGCUCUGUCCUCAAAGGCCCAGGAUUUUCAGGUUCGCGUGAGGGUGUUUGAAGCCCGACAGCUCUUGGGCAACAACCUCAGGCCACUGGUGAAAGUGACCAUCGGAGGCAAGGAGCAUCGCACGAGGAUCAAGCUGGGGAACAAUCCUUUCUUUAAUGAAACCUUCUUCCAGAAUUUUCAUGAGAUUCCUGCAAAGUUCUUCACCCACGUCAUCUUAAUCCAGGUGAUAAACUCCUCAGUGCCGAGACACAAAUCAGAGAUCGGGAGAUUCCAAACAGAUAUUGGGUUUGUCUACAAUUCGCCAGGUCACACGAUCCUGAGGGAGUGGCUAGGUCUCUGCCAGCCAGAUGAUAUGAACAGUGGUGUGAGAGGCUACCUGAAAGUCACCAUCUGUACCCUGGGGGUGGGAGACCAGGCCGUGGUGGAUCUUGUGCAACCCUAUGGGGCCGAUGGCACCAGUCUUAAACUCUUGAAGUUGGCGGCAGUCCCAAUCCACCUGGCUUACUUAAACAUCUUCAUCUACUGCGCAGAGGACCUCCAUUUCAGGAAACACCAACCAGGGAAUCCUGUCUUGGAGGUAGAACUAAGUGGGAAAAAGCUCAAGACCAAGAUGCAGACCCAAACCGAGAACCCAAUCUGGAACCAGAUCCUGACCUUCCAAAUCCAGCUGCCCUGCCUCUCCAGCUACAUCCAGCUGAGAAUCUUGAACUGCGCCAAGAUGAAUUGCCGUGAAGAGAUUGGGACUGCCAGCCUGGCCCUCAACCAGAUCUCCUCCACCGGUGCAGAGAUGGAAGGCGCGUACUCUGGCUUCUUACCCUGCUUCGGCCCCAGCUUCCUGACGUUCCACGGGGGCAAAAAGGCCCCUUUCAGGAUCCAGGAGGAGGGCACUACCCUUCCUGACGCUGUGAUGCAUGGUUUGUCCUAUCAAGGUCGAGCCUUUCUGGAGUUAAUCACCCACGUAGGUCCCUAUCAAGACUUUAAGAUAAAGAAUCUCUCCCAGGACGUGGUCAUUACACAGAAACAACAGAACCGCCAGAAGUAUGGGCUGUGUGUCAUCUUCCUCUCCUGUGCGAUGAUGCCUGACUUCAAGGACUUGAUCCAGUUCGAGGUCAGCAUGGGCCACUACGGGAACAAGACGGAUCUGAGUUACAAGCCUCUAGUCUCAACGACGCAGUUCAGCCCAGUGAUAUAUGAUGGGAGCAUCUACCAUUACGUGCCCUGGUACAACAAUAAACCUGUGGUGGCCUUGACGUCCUACUGGGAGGACGUCAGCUUCCGACUGAACUGCCUCAAUCUCCUCCACAUCACGAGAGACCGUCUGAAGGCCAACCUGGACAUCCUGAAGUCCAUGCGGAACCCGAAGGACCCUGCCCUGCUCCUCCAGUGGAAGGUGCUGCGGAAGGAGCUGGCAGAGGACUGCGAUCCAGUUUCUGGACUUGUCGGAGCCUCAGUCUGCCGCUCUUACCCAGAGGGUGAAGGACACAAGGACACGCUCCCGGCCCAGCUCCGGGUCUGCAUGUGGUUUGGCGAUGUGGAAGACAGCCUGAAUCUUAACCUGCUCCACCACGGGAACCUGGUUGUGUACGCGGAGACAUACGAGAAUGAGGCCAAGCACAAGAACGAGUGGGGCCUGCAGGGCCUGCGCCGCCUCCCCAACUUCUCGGACGUCAUUGGACGCACGGCCCUCCCCAAGGAGGACUUCAAGGUGCCCCAUGGCUGGCACUGGCAGGGCAACUGGAUGGUGGAGCCUCAGAGGAGACUCCUUCUGGACAUAGACAUCAACAAGGUCCAAGUGCUGGAGGAGGUGUACGAGAACCAGACCCGUGACGUCACCGGGGCCUGGGUGGCGGCGGCCAUCCCAAACUCGGAUGUGGACGGAAAUGCUGUCCCUUCCCGGGAGGUCAUGAAGUGCCCCCGAGGCUGGUACGUUCAGAAGAACUGGACUGUGCAGUUGAACCAUGCGGUGGACAAUGAAGGCUGGGAGUACGGACUGGGGAUCCUGCCCUCUGGCCUGCCCGAGGCCUGGAACUCCGUGGAGAAGACUUACCACUCGGUCCGGCGGCGGCGCUGGGUGCGCAUGCGGUUCCGGAGCCCCCAGAAGCUGACCCAGGAGCAGGAGACCCUGUCCUUCCUGCAGCUGCAUAGCUCCAGUGUGGCCAGGGAGGAGGAAGGCUGGGAGUAUGGCACCUUUGGCUCCAGGUUCCAUCUGAACCCUGAGCCCACCAGCCAGUUCCGCCGCCGCUGCUGGCACCGCAGGCUGGCCCCCAACAAGGUCAAGGACAAGGACAAAAACGUCGCACCGAUCUUUCUCCUGGAGGGGUCACUGGAACUGACUGCAGAUGAGGCUGGGCAGGCUAAGGAGGUCAAGGGGGUGGAGAACAGAUCGUCUUUGUGGGGGACGAGCAACAUGUUCUCCAACACCUGGAGGCCCACCCUCAAGAACACCCGGCCGUCCGACAUGCCCUUCGUCUACUGCACCUUCAACAAGCCCCACUACUACCAGCUCUUCUGCUACAUCUACCAGGCCCGAAACCUGAUGCCCAACCAGAUCCAGACAUUCCAGAGCCCGUUCAUCCGCGCCAUCUUCCUGAACCACAGCCAGUGUACCCAGUCCCUGAGCAGCUCCACGGCCCCCACGUGGAGUGUCCGAGAAAAGAAACCGCCGAUCUUAAGUGUUCCCUGGAAGAAUAAUAUCUACCUGCUCCCCAAGGACAUUCAGCCCAUUCUGAAGAAGAUGGCUAUCGAGGUCCUGGCCUGGGGUCUUCGGAACCUGAAGAAUGUGCAUUCCCCGUAUCUCCUGGUGGAAUGUGGGGAACAGACCCGGAGGACACAGCCCAUCCAGGACUACAAGACCAACCCCAACUUCUCCCAGUCUCCCCUCUUCUUCACACUGUUUAUGCCCACAGAGGAGGCCUACUCGCUGCCCCUCAUGAUGAAGGUGGUGGACACCCAGGACUUCGGCCGGGAGGCCGUGGUGGGUCAAGCCAACAUUGACUUCCUGCAGCCCUAUUUCUGUGACCCCUGGGCUGACCACCACAAGCCCCCCAGGCUUCCAGCGCUGACCAGGAAGAAGCACCAGGAGGUGAGUAGAGGGCUCGCUGUCCCACCUUCUUGGGCAGCGUCUGAAGAAACGUCCUUGGUCAAGGUGACGGUGCCCGCGUGUGAGGUCUGCUCGUACACUGACUCUCGGGCGCACUGGUUCUACUGGGGGUUUCCAACUGCCGACCUUUUGGAAUGUAGCCCAUCGGGUGACCAGCACUACCACGAGAUCGCCCUAAACUCACCUAGCUUUAAUAAAGACUCUGGACCCCCGGCCAUCAGCCAUUGCCCCAGAAGUGCUGAAGGGUCUCUGGAUUCAAAGGCAGAGAGCCUGUGGGAAGAAGGGCAAGGAGAAAGGGGAGGAAGCCCUGGCCUCCAUCCUCCCCUUUUGGGCGAGGGAGCCCCGGGCUGCCUGGCCUCUCCUUGCUCCUCCUCUCUCCUUUUCCAGCUCCUGAGUUACCUCUACGAAAAGAUACGGCCCAAGGCCCACAAAGAGGAGGAUGAUUAUGACUAUGAAGUCGAUUGGUGGAGCAAGUUUUUCUGGGCCACGGGAGAUGCUCAUAGGUCCUUAAAGUACCAGGACAGAGACUACCACACCCUAAAGGUGUAUGACUGUGAGCUGGAGGCUGUGCCAAGCUUCAAAGGGCUGCAGGACUUCUGCCAGACAUUCACACUCUACAAGGAGCAGCCCGUGCUGGACAGCCCCGUGGUGGGGGAGUUCAAGGGUAUUUUCCGCAUCUACCCAUUUCCUGAGGAUCCUAAAGCCACCAAGCCCCCCCGCCAGUUCUUGGCUUCGUCUGAGAGAGAAGGCUUCCCUCAGGAGUGCUUGGUGCGGGUGUACGUGGUCCGCGCAUUCAGCCUGCAGCCCCAGGAUUACAAUGGCCUGUGUGACCCUUAUGUGAUCCUGAAACUGGGACAGAAACAGCUUGGCAACCGAGACAAGUAUCAGCCCAACACUCUGGACCCCGUCUUUGGCAUGAUGUUUGAAAUGAGUUGCAACAUCCCUCUGGAGAAGGACCUGGAGAUCCAGCUGUAUGACUUUGACCUGCUUUCACCUGAUGACAAGAUUGGCAGCACAACCAUUGACCUGGAGAACCGACUCCUGUCUGGCUUUGGAGCUCGGUGUGGGCUCUCCAAAUCCUACUGCCUGUUGGGGCCCUUCAGGUGGCGGGAUCAGAUGCUCCCGAGCCACCUCCUGGAACGCCAUGCCAAGCUGCGAGGGCUGUCCCUGCCUCUGUUCAGCACCGAGGACGACUCCGUUUUAUACGCUGGGGAAAAAAUUCAGCUGCAACGCUUUGAGCCCAAGCCCCCCACUGCUCAGAACUUGGGGCCCAAGAAGGAACGCCUUGCGCUCUACAUCCUGCACACCGAGGGGCUGGUACCUGAGCACCUGGAGACCCGCACACUGUACAGCGACAGCCAGCCGGGCAUCGACCAGGGAAAGGUGCAGUUGUGGGUGGAUAUCUUCCCCAAGAAGCUUGGGCCUCCUGGUCUGCCAGUCGACAUCAGCCUCAGGCAGCCGAAAAGGUAUGAGCUGCGCUGCAUUAUCUGGGAAGUCGCCAACGUGGACCUUCAGGACGUCACGUAUUUUGGAGAUAAUAGCAGCGACAUCUACGUCAAAGGGUGGUUAUUCGGGCUAGAGAAGGACAUGCAGAAGACAGACGUCCACUACUACUCCAUCUCCGGAAGGGGCUACUUCAACUGGAGGUUCGUCUUCACCCUGGACUACCUGGCAGCCGAGCAGAUGUGCGUGCAGAGCCAGAAGGACUACAUCUGGAGCCUGGACCCCACGUCGGUGAAGUUCCCACCGCGGCUCAUCAUUCAGAUCUGGGACAACGACAUCUUUUCCAGGGAUGACUUCCUGGGGGUCUUGGAGAUGGAUUUGUUUGACAUGCCCUUCCCUGCCCGGAGGGCCAAGGGCUGCUCCAUCAAGAUGCUGGAGCCCGAAACCAAGUGGCUCCCUGUCCACCAUCACAAGUACUUCUCCCUCUUUAAGAAGAAGACAGUGACCGGCUGGUGGCCUUGCCAGGUCUUGGAUGAUGGAAAAUGGCGCUUGUCGGGUAAAGUGAAAAUGACUCUGGAGAUGCUGACUGUGAAUGAGGCCUUCCUCAGGCCGGCCGGCCGGGGCCAGUCAGAGCCCAACCAGUACCCUACACUUCAACCCCCGAUACGCCUCCACAACACCUUUAAGAGGUUUCAGAUGCCUGUGAAGAACCUGUGUCUGCACAUCUAUAGACAAUACCGCUGCAAAAUCCUAGCCUUCUUGGUCGUGUGUGCUCUGCUGUUACUGCUCUUCUACUUCGUCUAUUCCGCUCCCACCUAUCUGGCCAUGAGUGUGGUUAAACCUGGAAUUCGGAUAUUUACUCAGAGUUAAAAUGAGCAGCAAGCUAUCACGUCACUCACCACCAGCAGCAACAACUCUGCAGACCUCACGACCCAGGACCCGAAGCUGCUCUACGAGUCCGUGAGCAGAAACCAGGGGCCUAAAAUCUAGCGCAAUCUCCCAGUCCCAGACCCUCCAGCCCCAAGGCAAAUUCACCCAGGUUGGCCUGCUUCCCCUCCUGCCUUCCUGCUCCUUGUUUCCGCCUUCUAGGUCCCAUGGAAGGGGCUGAGGAUUUUCUGGCUAUUCUACUCCAACAAGGAGGCAGAGCCGUCGUUGGCUACGGAAAUAAACAAGUUUCAUAACC